GUCUGUUGACAUUCUGAGGAACUUAGAACACAUUCACUUCCUUUUGCUUGGUAAGCUGUCCAGAGCCUUUGCAAAUGCAUGCAGAGCAUGGAAAUGCCCCAGCUGCCCUGCUGUUGAAACAGAAUCCUAUUUGGAAGGCAGACAUGUGGUCCGUCUCUGUAGCCAUCACUGAGAAAUCUGGAUUUUCAAGAUCGAGUUUGAAACUAUUCGGGCAGCCCUAGUCAAUAGAAGGAAACAAUCUGUAAGCAAUCAGGCACUUAGACAUUUCUAAAAGAAGCAUAUUCAAAAUAACAUGUGAAAUAAUGGAACCAAAGAGGAUUUUAAGCAGAGACAUGAUAAAGGGCAGGGGAAAAUCAGAGUUUGAGGCCAGACUUCAUGAUGACCUUCCAAGAUCAAUUGCAGAGGUUUUCCUGGAUCAGCUGCACUCCUUAGCAAAAGUAUAUUGGACAAUCAACUGAGAGAGUAACUGAGACAUUUGAAUCAUUUCUAGGUAUAAAGAAAGACUGAAGCCCAGGAAAAUAUUACGGUGACUUCCCAAGUAUGCCUGGCCACAAUACCUCCAGGAAUUCCUCUUGCGAUCCUAUAGUGACAUCCCACUUAAUCAGCCUCUACAUCAUAGUGCUCAUUGGAGGGCUGGUGGGUGUCAUUUCCAUUCUAUUCCUGCUGGUGAAAAUGAACACCCGGUCAGUGACCACCAUGGCGGUCAUUAACUUGGUGGUGGUCCACAGCGUUUUUCUGCUGACAGUGCCAUUUCGCUUGACCUACUUCAUCAAGGAGACUUGGAUAUUUGGGUUGCCCUUCUGCAGAUUCGUGAGUGCCAUGCUGCACAUCCACAUGUAUCUCACGUUCCUGUUCUAUGUGGUGAUCCUGGUCACCAGGUACCUCAUCUUCUUCAAGCGCAAAGACAAAGUGGAAUUCUACAGAAAACUGCAUGCUGUGGCUGCCAGUGCUGGCCUGUGGACGCUGGUGAUUGUCAUUGUGGUACCCCUGGUUGUCUCCCGGUAUGGAAUUCACGAGGAAUACAAUGAGAAGCACUGUUUUAAAUUUCACAAAGAGCUUGCUUACACGUAUGUGAAAGUCAUCAACUAUAUGAUAAUCAUUUUUGUCAUAGCCAUUGCUGUGAUUCUCUUGGUCUUCCAGGUCUUCAUCAUUAUGUUGAUGGUGCAGAAGCUACGCCACUCCUUACUAUCCCACCAGGAGUUCUGGGCUCAGCUGAAAAACCUACUUUUUAUAGGGGUCAUCCUUGUUUGUUUCCUUCCCUACCAGUUCUUUAGGAUCUAUUACCUGAAUGUUGUGACGCACUCCAAUACCUGUAACAGCACGAUUGCAUUUUAUAACGAAAUCUUCUUGAGUGUAACAGCGAUUAGCUGCUAUGAUUUGCUUCUCUUUGUAUUUGGGGGAAGUCAUUGGUUUAAGCAAAAGAUAAUUGACUUAUGGAAUUGUGUUUUGUGCCGUUAGCCACAAACUACAGUAUUCAUAUUUGCUUCCUUUAUAUUGGGAAUAAAAAUCGGUAUGGGGAGGUAAGAAUGGUAUUUCACUACUUAAUCAAAACCAUGCCUUGAUCUACACAAAACGAAAGAACUAUGAAACGUCAGAGCCUUCAUUGUAGUCCUUAUGGGAUCCCUGCCGUCUCUGAGUGAUGCCCAUACAAAGACCAGUGAUGUUGAUUCCACCUGGAGUUGCAAUAUUACAUUAUUUUCCAAUACAGGAUGUCUGCGUGGCCCAUUAAAGCAACAUAGGUCUUAAGAAUUUUAGAGUUUCAUUAGCUCAUUCUAAUUUCCUCUGUUUGAAGCAUGAUCUUUUCUUAGGUUUUGGACAGAACUCAGCCCUUUAGUUCUUUUCAUCCCACUUCAUCUUAGGUAAGUAAAUCCUGGCCACCGCCCAGCUCCAAAGACACAAACUCUCCUUGGCUAACCAGGUUAGAUGUCCCAUUCAUCUCACACCCUGAUGAAAACUGAUAAGGGGAGAGAAUAGUUAAACAUUUUUCUAGGGUAUCAUAACUCUGGUGGGAAGUCAUCUGUCUAGAAAUCAAGAGACAGAGAACGUGUGGCCUUCUGUUUUAACAAGGUUUUCUAGAUUUGUCCUGUGAAAGGAUCCCCCACGACAUGGGGAUCAAUUUCCUCAAUAUCACCAAUUGCACUGUUGCUCCAAAAAUCAUUUAAAAGCUUACUGGACAUAUCUACAUAAUGGUGAAACUGUAAUUUAGAAAAUAUUCUUGACCAAUGAACUGGUAGGCAUUAAAAUGAGUUCCCAAGGGAAGUGAUUAAAAUUUUUUUCUCUUCUGUUUUUUGAGAGAAUUUCUAGAUGCCCUGGGCCACAGUUAAUUAAGAUUUUUAGGGAGGACAGAAAGUUAUACUGAAAUCUUUAGCACUCCCUUCCACCGUUAAAAUUAUAGAUAUGUAUUUUAAAUUAUACCUUAAGUUCUGGGGUACAUGUGCAGAAUGUGCAGAUUUGUUACAUAGGUUUACACGUGCCAUGGUGGUUUGCUGCACCUAUCAACCCAUCUACAUUAGGUAUUUCUCCUAAUGCUCCCCCUCCCCCACCCCUGGACAGGCCCCAGUGUGUGAUGUUCCCCUCCCUGUGUCCAUAUGUUCUCAUUGUUCGACUCCCACUUAUGAGUGAGAACAUGCGGUGUUUGGUUUUCUGUUCUUGUGUUAGUUUGUUGAGAAUGAUGGUUUCCAGGUUAAAAUUAUAUAUUUUUAAAUAAAUGAAAACUAUGUUUUUAAAAGAGAACUUUUGAGAAGUAUAUAGCAAAACCAUUAAUUUAGACUCUGUGAGAUUAGGUUGCAUGAAGAAGGUUUUCUGAAUAUUUGAAGAAUGGAUAAAUAAAUGUACUCAAAAGUAUUAAAUUAUAAUCCUUUAAAAUAUAGGAAAAAUAACUAAUGGGUACUAGACUUAAUACUUUAGGAUGAAAUAAUCUGUACAACAAACUCCCAUGACACAUGUUUACAUAUGUAACAAACCUGCACAUGUUCCCCCGAACUUAAAAUAAAAGUUUAAAGUCAUAAUAAUAAAAUAAUUUGGAUUUUCUUUCCAAAUUCUGAGUUACUUUCUGUAAAAUUGUAUUAAUGACUUGUGACAUGUGGCAUGUUAAACUGACUUUAUUUCAAGAACUUCCAUUACUGGCUAGGUUGAUACAUUGGCUUGUGGAUUUUUGCUUUUUGGGUUUUUUUUUUACCUCCUGCCCAUACUCUACUAUCUUCAAUGUUUUAUCUCCUUAAAAUUUUCCCAGGAUCUGAUCCAGUUUCAUAUUUAAUGCUUCAGAAAACCUAGAGCAAUUAGUAACAUGAAUAGAAUAACAUAAUGAAUUAAGGGAACUUUUUUUUCAUCAAGAUAUAUCUUCAGGAUUUAAAAGUUUUUCUUAACUUAUUGUCACUCUGUGGAUCCACAAAUUCCUCAGAUGAAUAAGAAACACCUCUGUGAAUUUCUGUGACAACUAAAAUUAGUGAGCCACAGAAAUUAAUUUGAGGAAGCAGAAGUAGCAGCAUAGUUCAAACAUGACUUGUUUCCAUAUAUUUUCUGUUUUAUAUAUUCUUUUAAAUGUCCUCAUAAAAAAGUAAGAUUUAUUUUCUUUCUUGCCUUUUUUCCCAUUUGUUUUUUACAUUUUUUCUUUCUCAUUUUGCACUAUAAAAUUUAUAAGACAAUUACUAAGACCCCUGAUAGUUUUAAGAAAAUUUAUAACACCUAUAAAUACGUAAAAAGAAGAAAUUUAGAAAAUAUUUAAAUUAAAAGUAUUCAUUAGAAUUUCAUUACCUUGUAGAUUAUAUCAUACUCUCUUCCAGAUUUUAUAUAUGUUGAGGUCAGGUAAUUCAAAAGAAUUAAUCUCUGUAUUAAUCUGUUAUAAUGUUAACGUAACACUAUGUUAUUUUCAUACAUUAUAAUAAAGGGCUUAUUAGAAAUGUUACUCAAAAUAUAGAAAUGCAAUAUUUCAUAAUAUAAAAUAUCUUUUUCAUCAGUAUUUACGGAAUAAAUAGAAAAAGUUUAGUUUUCCUGUUCUUUGUCUUUAAUCAAUACAGAAAUGAACCUCAUGUGGGAUUGGAGGUGACACUGGCCUCUAGGACCAUUUUUGGAUAUCACCAUUAUAAGAGAGCACUAGUAUUAGCAUUUGGUGGUGGGAGCCAAGGAAUAGACAUCCUGCCUUGCACACAAUUGUCCGUACAAUAAAGAACUAUCAGGUCUUGCUCUCUGUUUGAAAGCCCUAUUAGAUAUUAAUGAAGUGCAGCAAAACAAUCAGAGCAGUUACCAGGGUUUACCCAGUUUUCAUAAACACAUAGUAUUUUUUUUGUGUAGCUUUAAUUCUCUGAAUUUUCUGGAAAUGCAACUAUCAUGGAUUGAAGAAAGAUUUUACUUUGGUUUCCUCUGAACUUUACCAAGAGUUGUUCAGUCCUUUGGAAAUGACAUAAGUAGCAAUGCCAUUGAUGACAUUAAAAUAUGACACAACAUGCCUGUAAGCAGUAUUUGUAGCUGUUGUAUUCAGGGGAUGUUACAUACAGGUGUCAGCAUGAGGCUCACUCAUUUUGUCUCUUUACGUGAUGAUG